AGGAUCGGACGUGAAACGAACCACAUUUCACGAGUCACGUUUAUGAUAAACUAUAAAGUAAUAUUAUUAGUAAAGUAAGGUCUUAUUAAUAGUUCAAAUAUUAAAAUAAGUCAGUUUAAUUUUAAUGGUUAUAGUGAGAAGAUGGACUAUAAAGAAGAGCAACAGAACGAAAUUGAUGCAUUGGACUCCAUAUACUGUGGUGAAAUGAUAAUUUCAGGCUCAGAUCCUUAUUAUCAAUUCGAAAUCCCAGUUAAAUCAGACGAGUUCGAUAGUGUUCAGCAUGAUAUUGGCCUAUCAUGUUGCUUAAAAUUUGAGUAUGUUGAAAAAUAUCCUGAUGAUCCACCUAUUGUAGAAAUUGAAGAUGUUGUCGGUUUUGAAGAACAAGAAGACGAGCUAAAAGAGUAUUUAAUACAACAAGCUCAGGAUAAUGUUGGGAUGGUGAUGAUAUUUACUUUAGUAUCGGCAGCACAAGAAUGGAUGAAUAACUAUUCAGAUAGUGAAAAACAAAGAAAAAUAGACGAUGAUGAUAAAAGACGCGAAAAAGAAAUGGAAGCCGAAUUAAAACGUUUUGAAGGCACCAAAGUUACAGUUGAAUCAUUUUUACGAUGGAAGUUCAACUUUGAAGAAGACAUGGGAGUUUUAAAGAAACGAAAUGAAGAGGAAAAAAAUAAAAAACUUACUGGACGUGAAUUAUUUAUGACUGAUAAAUCACUUAAUGAAUCAGACUUAAAAUUCUUAGAAGAAGGAGAUUCGGUGAAAGUUGAUGAAUCAUUAUUUGAAGAAAUAGAUGAUCUGGAUAUUGGUGAUGCUGGAAGUUCUGAUGAUAGUUGAACAUUGUUUAAGAAUAUAUGUGUAAAACUCAAAUUGUAAAUAUAAAAUUCUUAAAAAGAAAAAUAUUAUUAAGUAUAAGGUAUAUUAUUAUAAUAUUUAAUAUUGUCGAAUUAAUUCAAUAUUUGCAUGUUGAAAAUUCUAAAUCGAAAUAUAUAUUAAUUGUUUUAUGAAUGUAAUCCCUUGAAUCAUAUAUCAAUUAAUUAAUAAAUAUGUUUUAUUUUUAUAACAAGAAA